AAAAUGAAGAAAUUGUGAAAACAAAAUACAAAUUAAAAAUAGUAUUUUUUUUUUUCUUUCUUUCUCUUUCCAAUAACUUAAUCAUCAAAGUCUUCUUCUUCUUCUUCCUCUUCUUAGAUGAUCAAAUUGAAAUAAAAACCUCAAAUCAACAUCAAAAAUACCAAACAACAAAAUCCCAUUACACUAUUUCUCCAAAAUUCAAAAAAAAUGAGGUUGAUGAGGAACAAUGUAGCUCAACUUUCCAUAACUCAAAAACUCGUCUUCACCUUACUCUUUCUCUUCUUCCUCAUCCUCAUAAUCAGAUCAAACUUCUCAAAUUCUCCACCACAAAUCCAAACCCACCUCUCAAAUAACAAUUCAAAUCAAAAGACCACCACUAAUGAAAAUGAUUGUAGUCCCAACGAUAUUUCUCCAGUACAACAAACAUGCACCAAAACGCCGUCGUUUUUGGCCAAAGCACUGGUUCACUACGUAACCACAAACGUAACCCCACAACAAACACUCAAAGAAAUCUCAGUCUCAAUGAGAAUCCUCGAGAAAAAAUCGCCGUGUAAUUUCCUCGUCUUCGGACUCGGCCACGAUAGUCUCAUGUGGGCCGCUUUAAACCACGGAGGCCGUACGGUUUUUCUAGAAGAAGACAAAUCUUGGAUUGAGCAAAUACGACGUCGUAUUCCGGGUUUAGAGUCGUACCACGUGGCGUACGACACUAAAUUACACCAAGCCGAUGAAUUGAUGAAGAUCGGCGCCGAGGACGAGGCUUGUAAAGUCGUGGGGGACCCACGAUUCUCCACGUGUCGUCUCGCGCUUAAGAAUUUACCUAGUGACGUGUACGAUACACAGUGGGAUUUGAUUAUGGUCGACGCGCCAACUGGGUGGGUUACCGACGCGCCGGGGAGGAUGACGGCGAUUUAUACGGCUGGGAUUAUGGCGAGGAAUAGAGAGAGUGGUGGUGAGAGUGAGGUGUUCGUUCAUGACGUGGAUAGGCCCGUAGAGGAUAAAUUCUCUAAGGCUUUUCUUUGUGAAGGGUAUUUGACUCAACAAGAAGGGAGGUUAAGGCAUUUCACUAUUCCUAGCCAUAGGGGUCUCCUUGAAAGACCAUUUUGCCCUUGAGAAGUUUAUUUACUGUUGUUGAGAUUACCGAUUUAAACCGUCUUUUUCUUACUCUUCUUUGUAAUCUUCUUCUAUUGUAAGAAAUUAAUUAAUAUAAUUGUUUUGAAUUUUUUUACAAA